AUGUCUACUUUCCUCGUUUCUUUGUGGUUCUCAUUUAUCUUUUAUUUACAGCAAUUUUCUCUUCAUUCAUUGUUGUUUUCUUGUCCCAUUGUGUUUACUAUCUAUUUUUCUCCAUUCUUCAUUGUUGUAGCAAGAUUUUCUUGUUCCGCUGUCUUAUCGUCUGCCAUUUUCGUUUCUUCGUUGUCAUAUUUCAUUUCUGUCUGCUUUUCUCGUUCAAAAUUUUUCCAGCCUCCUGCUUCUUUUUAUGCCUUCUCUUUCUGUUGUCUCUACUCUUUCUCUCACUUCUCUCUCAUUUUCUCACUAUUCCAUUAUCUUACUUACUCUCUAAUCUCUAUAUUACUUCUUUUUAUUCCUUCUCGUUCUGUUGUCUCUACUCUUUCUCUCUCUUCUCUCUCAUUUCCACACUUUUUCUAUUAUAUUACUUACUCUCUAAUCUCUAUUGACUUUCUUUUCUUCUUUCUCUUUCUGUUGCCUCUACACCUUCUCUUUCUCUCUCAUUUUCUCACUUUUCUAUUAUCUUACUCUCUAAUCUCCAUUUUCUUUCGUUUUUUUCUCUCUUUGUAUUGUCUCUAUACUUUCUCUCUCUUCUCUCUCAUUUUUUUUCACUUUUCCAUUGUGUUACUUUUAUGUCAUUUUUUUCUUUUCCCCCUCUCUUCCUUUGUUCCAUUCUCUCUGUUCUCCUUUCCUCCGCCUUCUUUCCAUUCUGUUUUUACUCUAUCUUUUCUCCUUAUGUAUCUCUCUCUUCACUUUCUUUCUUUCUUUCUUUCUUUCUUUCUUUCUUUCUAUGAUAUUUCUUUAUGUCUUUUCGCUUCACCUUUUCGUCGUCUGUUUCUUAAUAUACCUUUCUAUUAUAAACUUACUCUCUCAAUAAAUAAUUUUUGUUUUCUUUCUCUCUUCCUUCUUCUAACUCUCUCUAAUCUCUAUUUUCUUUCCUUUUUCUUCUUUUUUUCUUUGUUUUAUUCAACCCCCUCUUUCUUUUCUAUCUUCACUCUCUUUUCUCCUUUUAUGUCUCUUUUCACAUUCUGUUUUCUUUCUUUCUUUCUUUCUUUCUUUCUUUCUUUCUUUCUCUGA